AUGUUCAACUGGAAUCCAAAUGCGAAUGAAAAAUAUAGUAGUGGUGAUAAAACAUCUUCAUGGAGUUGGGUUUUAAAUGAUAAGCGUGGAGGUGGCAGAAUAUUCAACCCAUACUUGAUUGACUUUAAUGGUAGAAUGCUGGAGUGGAACUUCGACCUGAAUGAAAAAAGAAGUGAUGGAAAAAUUUUCAAUUAUGCUUACGAAAGACAACAGAAUCGUGAGAAAAUUAGAGGAAUUGAUCCACAAAAACUUGCACUUUCAUUGAACUUUUAUUCCAACAAGGCAUUGAAUUUGCUGGACGGUUAUCCUAAACCUUGGCAGUCAGAAAAACGAGCUGGAGCUCGUCCAUUUCCGGUUGAGCCAAUUUUUAUCUGA